GGCUUCCUCCUCUCCAGCCCAGACUCUGGGUGCUGCCCUGGUGGAGGGAGACAUGGGGUCUCUGCUGCUGCUGCUGCUGCUGCUGCUGACACUGCUGUGGGGCGUUGAGUGGGCACAGGGACAAUGGGGUGCAGGGGGAGAGAGGGCAUGGAUCCAGGGGCAGGGUCCAAGGAUAAACAUCCAAGCACCAGAACCAGUGAUGGUGCAGGAGGGGCUGUGUGUCCUUGUGCCCUGCUCCUUCUACUACCCCUGGAGUUCCCAGAAUUACUACAACAUCCUCACUUACUGGUUCCGGGGUGAGGGUAAUCACCUCACUGCUACUCUUGUGGCCACAAAUUAUUAUUGGAAUAAAGUGAAGCCAGAGAUUGCGGGCAGAUUCAAACUUCUCAGCGACUCCACAAACAGCUGCUCCCUGAGCAUCACAGAUGCCAGGAAGGAGGACCAGGGAGCCUACUUCUUCAGAGUGGAGAGAGGAAAUGACAAAUAUAACUACAAAGAGAAGACGCUGAACUUGCAGGUGACAGCUCAGCCUGACAUUGACUUUGAGAAGCCCCUGGUUUCUGGUCAGCCUGCAAGGCUGACCUGCAUUGUAUGGGGGUCCUGUGAUGGGAAAGCCCCCCUGUUUUCCUGGCUGGGGGAUGCUCUUGUCUCUCUGAGGUCCAAGAUUAAGAAUUCCCAAGUGCUCAGCUUCACCCCAAGACUCCAAGAUCACGGCAGCAACCUUACCUGUCGGGUGAAAGUCCCUCAGGCUCAAGUGAGCACAGAGAGAACCAUCAGACUCAAUGUGUCCUAUACUCCACAGAACCUCACCAUUCACAUCUGCAGAGACAACACAGCCCUGAAGACAGUUCAGAACGCCUCCUCCCUCUCCAUCCUGGAGGGCCAGGCUCUGCGGCUGCUCUGUGAGGCCGACAGCAACCCCCCUGCAAGGCUGUCCUGGUUCCGGAGGUCCCUUUCUGAGAAUGACACCAUCCUCUCCAACUCCUCCACCCUGGAGCUGCCCUCAGUGAGGAGAACGGACGAAGGAGAGUUCACUUGCCUGGCAGAGAACUAUCUGGGCUCCCAGCUUGUCUUUCUGAGCCUCUCUGUGAACUCCACCCCCCACCUGCAGGGCCCCUCGUGCUUCUGGGAGGACAAGGUUCUGCACUGCAGCUGCUUCUCCCAGGCCUGGCCAGUCCCUUCCCUGAGCUGGUGGCAGGAGGACCAGACACUAAGGGCCAUCAACAAUGAAACCAGCAUGGUCACCACCAAAUCUGAGGGGCCCUGGGCCAACAGCACUGUGAGCCUCCGUGGGGGCCUGGGCGCUGGCCUGAGACUCAUCUGCAAAGCCCAGAAUGCCCAUGGGGAGCGCAGCUCAGCUGUUCUGCUGCUGACAGGAGUCAAGCCGGAAUCCUUGGAGAACGUGGUCACCGCAGCUCUGGGAGGUGCUGGAGUGAUGGCGUUGCUGGCCCUGGUUUUGUGCCUGGUCUUUGUCUGCAUCGUGAAAAUCUUCAGGAAACGAGCAGCUGGAAGACAAGAGGUCAAGGACGAUGAAGACGUCAUCAUGGGUACAGUCGCCUGGGGCUCCAGGCAGCAGUUCCAGCCAGAUGGUACCCUGGACCAGGCAUCCCCUGGCAGGGAAGCCCCCGCCCCAGGAGAGCAGCAAGAGCUUCACUAUGCCAACCUCAACUUUCAGGGCAUGAAGCCGCGGGAGCCGCAGGACACCAGCAACACCGACUACUCAGAGAUCAAGAAGGGCAACUGAGGCCUGGCCCCGGCUCCGCCCUGGCCAGGGCACGCAGCCUCUCUGGGGGCCUGAGGUCAGGGCCCAUCGAGGAGCCCAGAGCCCAGUCCUUGUGGAAGUGGGAACAUGAAACCCCAGGGGGAGCAGAAAGUAGCCAUCACCCUGUACCCUGCCCUUUACAGAGCCCCGUUCUGUAAAGCAGAGCUGAUGCCUCCUACCUCAAAGGCUGUGUUUGUCAGCAUUAAAGAAAGUCACAUGGGGUGGGGGCGCUGGAAAGGCAUCUCAGUAUGAGAGCACAGGACUUGCAUGUCUGAGGUCCCAGAGGUCCCAGGUUUGAUCCCUGGUCUGGCCAGUAUUCCAGAGUGGAGCAGUGCUCUGAUCUCUCUGUUUCUCAUUAAGAUUAUUGUUUGAAGGGUGGGGUGGGGUGGGGUGGGGAGGAGAGCCAGGCCUUAUGCAUGAUUUCACUGCUCCUAGCUUGAUAUGGUCUUGUUUAUUCAGAUAGAGGAGAGACACCACAGCACGCUGGUGACACCUCCCAACAAGGUAGCUCACCCGGACAGUUGCUGUUUUGUCAUAAGAAGAGCCCAAGUUUGAAUCCGGCCUGUAUGAAACUGUGUGGGGCUUCAGUGCUGUGGUGUCUGUCUUCUCUCUCUGUCUGUCUGUUUCUAUCUGAAAAAGUUGGCUUGGAGAAGUGAAGCUGAAGUGAUGGAAAAGAAGAGGGAAAGAAAGAGAGAAAGGGAAGGAAGAAGAAAGAGAAAGGAAGAAAUGAAGGGGUAGGAAAGGGGGCUGGGCAGUGGCGCAGCGGAUUAAGCACACAUGUCGACAAAUGAAGGGGGAGGGGAAGAAACUUUUUUUCCACGUGUUUUUCCUGAGUUAAACCAAUACUGUGUGAUGUCUAUUUCCCUUAUUUAACUAAAUAUAUUUUCUUCUCUUACAUGCAGCUUGAUGCCAAUCUUUUUCUCACUUCUCAAAGUCAGGUCCACACUCUGUCUUUGGUGGGUAUCUUUUCUCUAGAUUUAUCCCCUCUGCUAAGAGAGAGAGAUAGAGACUGAUCCACAUGUUGAUUUCCGUCAGCUGGGCAUGUGCUCAGAGCUGGUGGUCUCUCUCCUUCAGACAGAGACGUCCUCCUGGAAGGUUCUCCUGAGGCUGGGGGGUGGCCAGGCACAUGUCAGUGUCACUGCUCAUCCCAGAAGCCUCCACUUGGCCCUCAGAGUCCCCCUGCCUAUGGGGAGUUUCACUCCUGGACUGUUUAGAUAGCAGAUCUCCCUGGUGUAUGUUGGGUUUUCCUGGGGGUUUGGGGGGAGGUUGGCAGAAUUGGUUCAGGUGUGCUGUCUGCUACCAGGUAUGGGUGGGUGCAGGCCCUGUCCACAGGUGUGUGCAUCCAUCAAGUGAGACCCUGCGAAGGUCAUGUUCUAGGACAGGAGGCCUCAGUUUCCCCGCUCUGACAAGUGGGAGAGUUAGUAGUCAGUCCUUUCUUGCAGGACUAUUUGAAAGCUUGGUAGAGUUUAGGGGAGCUCUCCCAUCCUUGGAUGGAGCUCUGGAAAGACACCCCACUUGUUAGCCUCUCUCCUUAUAGAGAUGAGCCAAGAGGGAAACGUCUCCCAGACUCAGUUUCUUCUUGUUAGUCUCUCAAGCUCACAGAGAGCCUACAAGCCUAUCACACUUAGUUUCCCCUGCUAGCAGCAGGCCAAAUGGUUGUCUGCUUUAGGGUUCACUCAAAGUUCACACAUCCACUUCACCUUUUGAUCACAAAGGAGAAAACACUCUAUCAUACACGCAGCACUACCAGACAAUGAAACCCUAAAUCCUAGUUCCUUGUGCCCUUUGAUAUCUGUGAUUUACAUCAAGUUUUAUUUUCCUUCUUUCCUACCUCAGCUUACUGGUUUAACCCCUAUGCGUUUCUCAAAUGCCUUUGGAUGAUUAACCUGCCUGCAUCAUGGAGAAUAAUCAUUUUGACCUUUAUGUAUCUCAUCAGUUCUUGUCAUACCAGCCCCCUACCAUAGGGGCAAGCUGACCUUUAAGAAACCUGUAAUUUCUGACGUAUUUGAAAAAUGUUCUUUGUUUAACUCUCUAUAUAAACCAGUACCCAUCUCCAAAUAAAUGAGUGUU